AUGUCCCGACUGACACAAAGCAAAGAACAAGAUCAAGCAAUUAUACACGAUACAAUGGCACCCCACGCCGACAUUUCAGAAAUUGCUCUCGAGAGCUCACCAGAGCGCAAUGCCUCCCCAUGGAAGACACACCUCCAACCGACACCGCAGAACGACGUACACGAUGUAAUCUGCCUAGGCUUCGGUCCUGCCUCGCUAGCAAUUGCAGUUGCCCUCCACGACGCGACAAAGCAGACGGGCAAGCAGCCACCACAAGUCAGGACACAGCCCAAGAUCGGCUUCCUCGAGAGACAAGAGUCGUUCGCAUGGCACGCCGGCAUGCAGAUUCCCGGUGCAAAGAUGCAAAUCUCCUUCAUCAAGGACAUGGCCACCAUGCGCAACCCUCGCAGCGAGUUCACCUUCCUCAAUUACCUGCACGAGAACGACCGUCUGGUGCAAUUCACCAACCUCAGCACCUUCCUACCCCGUCGCAUUGAGUUCGAGGACUAUCUCCGCUGGUGCGCUGGCUGGUUCCAGAACCUGGUUUCAUAUGGUCAAGAGGUGGUCGAUAUCUCGCCUGACACCAAGGCUAAGAGUGCAGAGGGUGUUACAACAUGGACAAUCACAUCUCGCAAUGUGCACACAAAAGAGCUGAGCUACCGUCGCACGAAACGUGUCGUCGUUGCUGUUGGUGGUCACCCCAGAAUCCCUGACGCCUUUCCUCAACACCACCCUCGUGUCGUUCACUCGUCACAAUACUGGACCCUCUCGUCUCACAUCUUCCGUGAUCGCAACGCUCCUCUCAAGAUCGCCGUCAUUGGCUCUGGUCAAUCCGCUGCCGAGAUCUUCAUGAACCUGCCCAGCCAGUUCCCCAACUCCAAGGCCUACCUCAUGAUCAGAGGUGCCGCCCUCAGACCUUCAGACGACUCGCCUUUUGUCAACGAAGUCUUCGACCCUGAACGUACCGACGACACCUUCGGCCAAGACCCCGAGACCCGUGCCGCUGCCAUCAAGAUGGACAAGGCCACUAACUACGGAGUCGUUCGUCUCGAGCUGCUGGAACACAUGUACGAUGUCCUCUACACACAACGUCUUACCCACGGCGACGACGAAGAGAAAUGGCCUCAGCAAUUGCUCAACUACCGCGAAGUCGAGAGUGUGACUGACUUGCCCAACGACCGCUUGCGUCUACACAUCAGAAACGACACUGCAAAGCACAGAUGUCGCAAGGCUCCUACACAAGAGUCUUUGGAUGUGGAUCUGGUCAUGAUUGCUAGCGGAUACAGAAGAGACUUCCAUGAGCAAUUGUUGUCAAAGGUCAGACCUAUGAUGCCUGGUGGUGACAAGCCUGGUCAGAAGUGGACUGUCAACCGCGAGUACAAGGUUCAGUUCGAGCCCGGCACUGUCGCCAAGGAUUCUGGUGUCUGGUUGCAGGGAUGUAAUGAGAGCACCCACGGUGUAAGUCUUGAUCCUAUUUUCGAUUCAUAA